AUGGCUUCAGCAGCUCCAGCUUUGGAUCUCUCGUCUGCACCUGCGGAAGAUCCUCCAAAAUCUACUGGGGGCCCAAAAGAGUCUAUCUCGGAUCACCCCAUAGCACCAGAUCAAUUCGAUCCAAAGUGGGAGACUGAUAAAUACGAGAUCUGGAGUUAUUAUGCCUAUUACAUUGGUAACAAUGGCUUGACGCUGUUCAACUUUGCUCCAACGGCAUUUCAGAAUUUGCUGUACCAGGCUGCUGGGGAUGGAACAUCUUUGAGAUUUGCUGGGAGAGAACGUACGAUCAACAGCAUCGUGCUCCUGUCCAAUGGCAUCAGUUUUGCAAUCCAGAUCGUUGUAUUUCUGUUCUUGGGCAGCUUUGCUGAUUUCGGGACUUGGAGACCUAAUAUCUUGAUUGGGCUUUCUCUGGUGGCUUGGGGAGUCGGUUUUGGAUGGCUCGGGGUUCACACACCUGAGAAGUGGCAGAUAGCCGCUGGCAUGUAUAUCGUUGGACUCAUUGCAUACCAAACCACACUCACUUUCUGGACUGCUGCCUUUCCUGGGCUUGCACGAAAUACGCCACAACUACGCGAGAAAGCAGAGCAAUAUCAAGCAGGAGAGAUUACUCGUGAAGAUUAUGACUACGCAGACACUCUCAAACGCUCUGAGUUGUCAAAUAUGGCCUUUUACAUUCAGUCCCUUGGCGAAGUGGUCAUUCUAGCUAUCAUUGUCGGCAUCAUGUUUGGACUAAACGUCAACAAAUCAACCGAAAACAACAACUGGGGUCUUUCCGUGCUUAUUGCUUUUGCCAGUGGUGUUUGGCUUCUUCUUGCUAUUCCAUGGUUUAUCAAGGAGAAACGAAGGGCUGGGCAAGAAGUUCCUCCCGGAAUGAACAUCAUCACUGUCGGUCUUUGGCAGCUGUACCGUGCACUUCGCCAAAUCUGGCAUCUUAAGCAGUCACUUAUUUAUCUUAUCGGGUACUUUCUUCUCGGCGACUCCUUGAACACAACUGUAACAGUGAUCGGCACACUCCAGAACAGCAUUGUGGCUUACAACACUCUGGAACUCACUUACGUCCUGAUAGUUGGUAUCACAGCACAGGCCAUCGGCAUCUACACUUUCUGGUGGGCACAACAAAAGUGGAGAUUGAGCACUAAGACAAUGUUCAAUAUCGUUGCUUUCAAUAUCAUCAUCUUGGAUUGUUGGGGAAUGAUUGGGAUUUGGACACAAAAGUUUGGCUUCCAUCACUUAUGGGAAGUCUGGGCCUACCAAGCCUUCUAUGGACUCUUCGUCUGUCCUUGGUACUCAUACUCUCAAAUCAUGAUCAGUGAAGUCACGCCUCGUGGCCGGGAGUUCCUCUUCUUCAGCUUGUUCAGCAUUAUCGGCAAGACGAGCAGUUUCAUUGGCCCUCUGGUCAGCUCAGCCAUUAUCGACGCUACACCGAGCGGGAACAACAGUACCCCAUUUUACUUCUUGACGGCAUUGAGCGCUGUUAGCUUUUUGGUGCUGGUGUUUUUUGUGGAUUUGGAGAAGAGUCGGAAGGAGCAGGAAGAGUUCUUGGAGACUGAGGAGGCGGCUAAGCGUGCGUUGGUUGGUGAGGAGAUUAGUAGGGAGGAUAUUCACGGUGGUUUUGACUCCAGACCGGGCAAGAAGUCGUCGGAUGUGUGA